UUUCGAAUCCCCAACUCUUCAUAGGUGGCUAAAGUUCCCCCGAUUGACGACCCGACAGUCUCCGCCGUGCCGUGAGGAGAGCUCGGUGGCUGUGAGGAGAGCUCGACGGUCGACGGCGGCGUUUCCUCUCCGCCCUCCAAGUGUUGGUCCUGCUUGUUGACGAUUUGUGUUGUAGAUUCGCCAAAUCGUGCUAUUGGAUUGGGGUAGGAUGAUAUAUACUGCGAUCGACACCUUCUACCUCACCGAUGAGCAGCUGAAGAAUUCGCCGUCGAGAAAAGAUGGGAUCGAUGAGGAGACAGAGACCACGCUGCGGAUCUAUGGAUGCGACCUCAUACAGGAGAGCGGCAUUCUUCUUAAACUACCGCAAGCGGUAAUGGCCACUGGGCAGGUGCUUUUCCAUCGGUUCUACUGCAAGAAGUCCUUCGCCCGCUUUAGCGUGAAGAGAGUUGCUGCAAGCUGUGUGUGGUUAGCUUCGAAGUUGGAGGAAUGCCCGAAAAAAGCAAAACAUGUAAUCAUUGUCUUUCACAGGAUGGAAUGUAGGAGGGAAAGCUUGCCGGUUGAGCUUCUGGAUGUCUUAUCCAAGAAGUACACAGAGCUGAAGAAUGAUUUGGUAAGAACAGAGCGGCAUUUGCUGAAAGAAAUGGGCUUUAUUUGCCAUGUUGAGCAUCCUCAUAAGUUUAUAUCUAACUACCUUGCGACACUUGAGGCUCCUCCGGAGCUGAGACAAGAAGCUUGGAAUCUGGCCAAUGACAGCUUGCGGACAACUCUCUGUGUUCGGUUCAAGAGCGAAGUGGUAGCGUGUGGUGUUGUAUAUGCUGCAGCCCGCAGGUUCCAGGUCCCCCUACCUGAAAAUCCACCCUGGUGGUUAGUUUUUGACGCAGAUAAGGCUGGGAUUGAUGAAGUUUGUAGAGUUCUUGCACAUCUCUACAGCCUUCCGAAGGCACAAUAUGUUCCCGUGUAUAAAGACAAUGAUUCUUUCACUUCAAGAAAUAAGAACUCAGAUCAGCAAGCUCAAGUUCAGAAGGUUGAAAGCUCGGCCGACGGUGACACCAACGGGACCAGCACGCUCAAGCUUGGAGCUCCAAAUUCCGAUGCUAGUUUGUCCAAAGAAGCAAUUGUGAAAGCAGCUCUAGACAAAUUGAAGGUGUCAAAGAAAACUGAUGAUGACACUAGGAAUGUGGCUGCUGAAGGGGACCAUAAAGAAGAGACCACCGUGAAGCCUAAGGUAGAUCAUAAGGCUGAUGCCAAUACGGAAAGGAACUACGAUAGAGAAAGGGAGAGGACAAAGACCAGAGAUCGUGACAGCAGGGGCAGAGACUCCGAUUAUGAUGGUAGGGGUAGAGAUUCUGACAGGGAUAGAGACCGAGAGAAGGAUGUUGAGCGUGAAAGAGAAAAGGACCGAAGACAUCGUGCCAAGGACAAGGGUUCAGGACACUCAGAAAAAUCAAGACAUCAUUCGUCACGAGACCGCAGUGAUUACCACAGCUCACACUCAUCCCGUGACAAAGAUCGACAUGAGCGACACAGGCAUCAUCCUUACGGUUAAAUGAGUAUGUCUGCUUUGUGCGACUUGCAGCCAAACUGUAAAAUGGCGAGAGUGAGUCGCAUACCCUGUUUCAUUAGCAGAGGAGUAACUGAUUUCAGUGAAGGCUAAGAGGGGGCUACAUCCGAGUCCAUGACUAGUGUGGUUGACAUCCACCACAAAGCAUCCUCGGACGGGACCAACAGCUAUAUAUAUAGCUAGCGAGCGAACCAUUUAAACAAAAAUGGCUCUUUUGACUCUCGUGUAAUUUCCGAAUAUAUUGUGGCUGUUUUUUGUUAUUAAAGACAUUAAUAUGUUUAUUGUGGCUCAUUUAAACGAGUACAGUUGCUUUA